GUGUUUUAAAUGCUUAUUAAAUGAUUGUAGAUGUUUCUACACCACACUGGGAGGGAUUCUCUGUGAGAGUGUGAAUCACUGAUUUUUUGUGUGACGUUCCAGGAGUGUCAAAUCCACGCUCACCAGAGACAGUCCCGGCAAAGGAAGAAAGAAGACAAGAACAGCAUGACGAGUAGUCAGUGAACAACACACCGAGAAGCUGCGUUGACCACAUCUCUCGUGGACAGUGAACGCAGCGUCAAACCAACGUCGGAUUAGGCUCUGGACGUGUGACGUCACGGACGGGCUGGGCUUGCUAAUUGUGACAGAAAUAUUUAUCCGAGGCGUCUGGAGAAACAAACACCGUCGACGUCUUUCUCACCGCCAAAAAACAGUGAGGAGGAAGGACAGAAGGGCUGACGCAGAUUUCGGUUGUAACGGUUUUGUUUGGAGUGUGUCCCUGAGCUUCAGCCAAGAUGUCCUAUAUGAGAGGAGACAGCAGCUGGUCCCAGCCGGCGGACUUCGGCAGCCUUAUCCAGACAUGCAGCUCCAACAUCCAGAAGAUCAGCCAGAACUCUGGUCAGAUCAAAAAUCUCCUGUACCAAAUGGAGGUGAGACAAGACACCUCAGACCUCCAGGAGAAGCUCCAACAGCUCCAACACUACACCAAUCAGCUGGCUAAAGAAACCAACACACACCUGAAGGAGUUGGGCUCACUUCCUCCAUCCCUGUCCCCAUCAGAACAGCGGCAGCAGAAGCUGCGGAAGGAGCGCCUGAUGAACGAUUUCUCUGCAGCCCUCAACAACUUUCAGGUGGUGCAGCGCAGGGCGGCAGAAAAAGAGAAAGAGUUAGUGGUCAGAGCUAGAGCUGGAUCCAGAGGCAUGGGAGACAGGGGCAACAUGAAUGAACAGCUGGUUGCAUUUGAAAAGGAGGAUGAUUGGGGUCAGAGCCAGACUCAGACUGAGGAGCCCGCCAUCAAAGAGGAGGACCUGGAAAUCAUCAAGGAGAGAGAGACUAACAUCAGACAGCUGGAGUCCGACAUCAUGGAUGUGAACCAGAUCUUCAAGGACCUUGCUGUGAUGAUCCACGACCAGGGAGAGAUGAUUGACAGCAUUGAGGCCAAUGUGGAGAGUGCAGAGGUCCAUGUAGACAGAGGAGCCGUCCAGCUACAGAAAGCAGCCUAUUACCAGAGGAAGUCCCGUAAGAGGAUGUGCAUGCUGGCCAUGGUGCUGUCGCUGGUGCUCAUCAUCCUGAUCAUCAUCAUCUGGCAGGCCAUCAAAUGAGAGAAGCACACGCCACUGAUACCUUCAAAUGACUUCCAAUGUGUGUUUGUGUGUAUGCGUCAGAGAGCUGUAUGUGUGUCUGUAUAGACUUGACAUUCCAAUACAAAACAGUAAAAUCAUCCUCAGUGUAACAUUCUCCACCUGUAUCCAGUCACUAUGUUUGACUGAAUGUGGAUGUAUUUGUGUGGGGUAAACGACUGGGAACAACAGUGGGUUAUUAUUAUGUUAUUUUAUUACAUUGUUUGAAUUCUAAGUGCUGCAUUGUUGGCAACUGGACUUUUUGCAGUUUGUUGAAGAUGUUUCUCCUCUCAUCCAAGAGGCUUCUUCAGCUCUAAAUAACUGGAGGGGAGGUGCAGACUUUUAAACUCUGCGUGGGAGUGUCCUUAUAGAGUCUUUAAGGCCACUUACUGGUCGUCGACUUAACCGGCUUUCAUGUUGGUUGCUAAGGCUAGCUGAGCCCAGGAGUGAAGGGUUGUUAAGCUGACUGGAGAGAGAACUCAGUGCUGCAUUGUCUUAGUCCACCUCCUCUGUUCAAAGAAGUCUGUUCCUUUACUCCUAGAGGGGUAAAGGAAUCCAUCUGUGUCAAACUGGAAUGACUGUUUAAUAGCCUGCAACUGCCCUCCUGUUAGUUAGAACCGAAUGAGAGCUAAAUUAUCUUCAAGAAAUUGAAACAAGUUCGGUCGACUGCAAUACAGCGCUUUGAAUUACCAUGACCUGGAUGACUGAGAACCUUCAUCAGCAGUGUGUAUAUUAUUGCUUUUUUAAAGACUAACAGCAACAAGUCCAAGACUGAUAUGUGUUGUGAUAUGUGUAUGAUUAUGGCUACUUACAACACUCUCAGCACACCGUCAGACUGGAAAUGUAAAGGAAGUAUGUCUGGAUUGGCCAACAGUUUAGCUGUAGCUGUUAUAGCUCUGGGGACGACAGUUCUUUUGACUGUACCAAAUCAGAAAUAUCAGUUCAGCGAAAAGUUAAGCACAGAUUGUUCAUGUAAUCCUUCAGACUGUAGUCGCACAUACUGAAGUCCAAACUAGUAUGUAGGGCAUAUAUAUUUUCACUACACUUAGUUGUUAAACAAAAUAUGGAGGAGAGGAAGACUAGAGGGCUAGAGCUCACAUUCACUUUGUAGUACUAUUAAGAUGAUCCGUUCAGUUUGAACUUCCUCAUAGUUGUUCUAUUUUCCACACAGUGAAGUUGUGUGUGUGUGUGUGUGUGUGUGUGUGUGUGGCUGACUGACUGAGAGCUCAGCUUAACUGAUUAAUGAGCAGAGAGUUCAGAAAGUGAUUCAGUUCUGUUGGUUCACCCAAAUAAUGUAUUCUUUUGAAGGAAAUGUUUGUGAACAACAUAACACUGCUCCCCAGUGCAGACAGGAACUAUUAGGUACUUACUCAUGAAUGUUGGAUGAUGACUAUGCAUGGCUAAAUAAUCAUCUCAAGAGGGGCAAUGCUUCAGUGUUCUGUGUGUGUGUGUGUGUGUGUGUGUGUGUGUGUGUGUGUGUGUGUGUGUUAGUUAUUAAACGCAAUGUUGCACAAUUUUGUAUGAAUACUGUAAACCCUGUCUUAUUUGAAGUGUACCCUGAUACAAGUGUUGAAGGACAUAUGGACUGUUAGCAGCUGGUAGAAUGUCUGUCUUUAGUAAACUGUGUCACUGGAUCUGUCCACCCUCAAUUUAAUACAGUACCACCUAGUA